CUCUCUCUCUCUUUCUCUCUCUCUCUCUCCCUGUGAAGAGCCAAAUAAUGGAUAAAAAACCAUGUAACUCUCAAGAUCCUGAGGUGAGAAAAGGGCCAUGGACCAUGGAAGAAGACUUGAUCCUCAUCAACUACAUCGCCAACCAUGGCGAAGGUGUAUGGAACUCGCUUGCUAAAUCUGCUGGUCUGAAGCGUACCGGAAAAAGCUGCCGGCUCCGGUGGCUGAACUACCUCCGACCGGACGUCAGAAGAGGUAACAUUACGACGGAGGAACAACUCUUGAUCAUGGAGCUGCAUGCUAAGUGGGGAAACAGGUGGUCAAAAAUUGCCAAGCAUCUGCCGGGAAGAACCGAUAACGAGAUCAAGAACUACUGGAGGACUAGAAUCCAAAAGCACAUCAAAGCAGCCGAAACACCCAGUGCCGGACAAAGCUUAGAGAGCAACGACCAAGCCAGCACAAGCCAGGUUUUCUACGCCGCCGAUCACCAGACAGUCGAGACUUAUUCGCCGCCAUUGUACCCUGGUAAUAUGGAGGCUUCUCAAGCCUCCUUUCUGGCUGAAUCAAACGACAGCAUCUGGAGCAUGGAGGAUAUCUGGUCCUUGCAGCUUCUUAAUGGCGACUAAACGCUGAAACUAUCACCUCCAUCUGGACCUCACUAUAUUAGAGGUUUGUUUAUACUAGAAAGCGUAGUAUAUAUCUUCCAUAUAUACGCUACUUUCUUGCUUAAGUACUUACGGCCGGCCUGUAAUAGAAUAAAAAUACUUAUACUACUCUUUAUAUCAUUAUAUCUGCUUUAAUUAAUUAUAUAUAUAUAUU